AUGAUUGUCAUGGUUCCUCCAACCCUAGAGCCGGAAGAGAGCCUGCUGAUGGCGGGCUUUGACGGAAGCCUACUGUGUUUCGAUCUCCUCUCGACUCAAGCCAGGGGCCAAGUCGUGAUCUGUGGUGAUUCCAAUUUGGUGAUCCGUCAGAUGAGAGGCGAGAUCGACUGUAAUGCGCCAGGUCUACAGCCGUUAAGUCAGAAGGCGUUGAAUCAACUGCGAUCUUGGCCGAAGCACGAAUUCGUACACGUAAAGCGAGACUGGAACCAAAGUGCCGACAAGUUCGCCAGUGCCGCCUUGCAACGUGAAGAAGGCGAUAUCGUGACAGCCGAGGUAGAACGGCAGGACUUGAUCACGCUGAACAGACUGCACGAAAUACUGCAACCGAAGUCAACAAGAUCAGUCACUCAUGUGAACGCGAUCACUCGAUCUGUGGUAAAUCGGACUUCGCCACCAGCAGCGAUGGAUGAAUCUAUUGUUCGACGCAUACGGCGAGACGAAGAUCGCGACGAUGCCGUCAGACUGGUGGUGCCGGAAAGCUUGCAACAGGAUUUCCUCCACCAUUACCACACGAGCCAGGAAGGAGGCCACGAGGGUGUCUGGAGGACAUACCGUAGAAUCCGGACGCGUUUUCACUGGCGUAAUCUGAACCGAAGUGUCCAGCGCUACGUAGGGGAAUGCACAGAUUGUGAGACAGGGAAAGGGAAACCCACAGAUCAAGGAAGAUCGCCGGGGAAUGUGCAAGGCACGUACCCGUUCCAGGUCAUAUCCAUGGACCACAUCCCGUCGCUACCGAAGUCCUUUAAAGGGAAUACGGACUUACUGAUUUGGGCUGACCUGUUCACCGGAUACGUGAUCUUCAAGGCUGGAUCAUCGCUGGGAGCCCAAGCGGUGGCGGAAAACUACGAGGAAUGUGUCUUCAGUAAUCAGGCACGAUCAGGAACCGGGAUUCAUGACAGAUUUUUCCGCGCGUUUAAUCGGAUCGUGAAGAUGAGGCAAAGUCUCACCAUGUCCUACCACCCACCAUGUCCUACCGCCGCAGGGUGA